AUGUCGCUAUUUAAUUCAAUCCCGGCGGCGCUUCACUCCUAUAGGCUGGUAUACGAUUUUUGCUUUCACGGCUUAGAGUCGGUCUUACUUUUAAUCGCACGCUACACGGCCUUCAAGGCACUCUACGUGCAGAAAGGAUCUACUAUUCAAGCGGAGCUACAGCGUAGACUAACUAAUCUAUAUGCACGAAUUCUCACCUUCCUAGCCUAUGGAAUCUAA